AUGACGGAUACGAAGAUCGAAGACUUACGAUUGCCACCCACAGUUGUCAGCCGAAUAGUUGACAGGGCUAUCGGACCAACGGGAUCGGUGUCAAAGGAAGCGCGGACGGCUAUAGCUCGUGCUGCAUCUGUAUUCAUCCUCAACGUCACUUCUUAUGCAAAUGAUUAUGCUUUAACGAAGAAAAGGAAAGCUCUAUCACCCGAGGAUAUAUACCAGGCUCUUCAAGUAAUCGAAUGUGAUCACAUCGUUACUCCAUUAGUGGACGAGCUUGAAGCAUGGAAACUGAAUAAGUGGAAGUAUCCGCCUGCUUGA